AUGUAUUUCAGGGUUCCCGUUACUAAACUUGGUCGUUUGGUCAAAGAAAACAAGAUCAAGUCACUUGAAGAUAUAUAUUUAUUCUCCCUUCCAAUUAAAGAAUAUCAAAUUGUAGACCAACUCGCCAAAGAGCCGUUGAAAGACGAGGUCAUGAAGAUCAUGCCUGUUCAGAAGCAGACUCGUGCUGGUCAGCGAACUCGGUUCAAGGCCUUUGUCGUAAUCGGCGAUACCAAGGGACACGUUGGUCUUGGAGUUAAAUGUUCAAAAGAAGUCGCCACCGCCAUUCGUGGCGCUAUCAUUCUUGCAAAACUUUCCGUCAUUCCUGUACGCCGUGGAUACUGGGGUUCCACAAUUGGUGAUCCACACACGGUUCCUUCCAAGGUCACUGGCAGAUGUGGUUCCGUUAUAUGCCGCCUUGUCCCUGCUCCUCGUGGUACUGGAAUUGUAGCUGCGCCCACGCCCAAAAAGCUUCUACAACUGGCAGGCAUCACCGACUGUUACACCACGUCACGUGGCUCCACUCGUACUUUGGGUAACUUUGUAAAGGCCACUUUUGCUGCCAUCGGCAAUACCUACGCCUUCCUGACUCCCAACUUGUGGAAGGAGACAGAUCUUAAACAGUCACCAUACCAAGAGUUUAGUGACAUUUUAUCCGUGCUCGACCGUCGUCUUGACGAAUGGGUAUCACCCGACAAGAUUGACCAAAGAAUAGUAUUUCCUAAUUCCAAUAAUUCCGUAGCUUUGAUAAACGGAUCACCCGCGCCAACAACAAAACAAAACAGGGCGAAACGUAAAUCUGAAAGCGAGGAGGAAGGCGAGUAUACGCGGUCGGUUCGUAUUGCGAAAAAAAGAAAACUUGUCAAUUGUACCAAAGAAGAAAGUGAUAAGAGGCAGGAUGUAUCUUCUUCACUUCAUGCACAAGAACAGCCAUCCAAGGUUCAAGCUCUACUCGAAAUGGAACACGUUCGUUACACGAAGGUCAGGAACAUAGAAGCGGUGGUAUUCGGGAAAUACGAGAUAGCGACUUGGUAUUAUUCACCUUUCCCCGACGAAUACAAGACCGUCAAAAAGAUAUACGUAUGCCAACAAUGCAUGAAAUACAUGAGAGUGAAGGAAACGUACGGCCGGCACACGUCUUUGUGCGAAUGGAAACAUCCACCAGGCGUCAAGAUAUAUGAGAUGGGGAGGAACAGGAUCUACGAGAUGGAUGGAAGGUCACACAAGCUCUACUGUCAGAAUUUUUGCCUGCUGGCAAAAUUCUUUGUCGAUCACAAAACGAUAUACUAUGACGUCGAGUCAUUUUUAUUCUACAUCCUGACCGAGAUCGACGAUCGAAAUGAAGAACACGUGGUCGGAUAUUUUUCCAAGGAGAAAAUUUCGUAUGAUAAUUAUAAUUUGGCUUGCAUACUCGUCUUCCCACCCUAUCAACGACGCGGAUAUGGUCAGCUCUUGAUAGAAUUCAGCUACGAACUUUCCAAGAAAGAACAGAAGAUCGGGACACCGGAACGACCAAUAUCAGACUUGGGCAUCAAGGGAUAUAGCUCAUAUUGGAAACGCACAAUUCUACGAAUUCUUCAGAACCACACGGUCGGCACACUUAAACGAGAGACCUCGGCGGACAUUGUUGACGAAUCGCACAACCCUAACGAAAAGUUUAUGAUUUCCAUUAACGAGAUUUCCCAGAAGACGAGCAUUCGUCAGGAUGACGUCACGUACGCACUGCGCGAGAUGAACUUUCUCAAAUACAGAAAUCCCAAAGUUGAUCUUGGGACGAUCAACAACUCAAUUAACAAUGACGAGUAA